AGAGACCUGGCAGCUCAGCUGGGGUUUACAGUCGUGCAAAAUCGACGUGACAGCCCCUUAAGCGACCCUCCAACCUCAAAACCGGACCGAAGCGGAGUUGGCACGGCUGGGGUCGCACUGCCCGUCUACCCCCCCUCCCCCCCCCUCGCGUGUUGCAGCACUUUGACUAGAUGACGGGACUGUGCGCUCUCUGCCUGACGGCGCUGCUUGCGGCUCUCGUGCGCCUGGCGGAGAGCGUGGGCCCCGUGGUGCGGUGCGAGCCGUGCGACGUCGGCGCGCUCGUACAGUGCAAGCCGCUGCCGCGGGACUGCGCAGAGCGAGUGCGGGAGCCGGGCUGCGGAUGCUGCCUAACUUGCGCGCUGGUCGAGGGGCAGGCAUGCGGAGUGUACACGGGGCGCUGCGGCGCCGGGCUGACAUGUCAGCAGCGUCCGGGAGAGACCAAGCCGCUACAGGCGCUGCUGGACGGACGCGGCGUGUGCCUCAAGAAGCUCAGCAGUGCCCUGGUGCCACCGCAAAUAACCGAUAACCACGGGGAGCCCAAAGACGAGCACGUCUCCAAUGCCACCGCGGUGAUGGUCACCGGGGGUCUGGACACGGCACAGCGCACAUCGCUGGCCACCGGGGGCGACGUGGGCGAACAGAGGGCCGUGCUGGAGCCUAAAGCGGCCCUACUGCACUCUAAGCUUGGUAUGAUCCAGAAGGAACAGUCGAAGAAGAGCCAGAGCUACAAGGUGGAGUCGGUGUCUGGCGGAGUCCACACCGACGUCCACAACUUCAGCCUGGAGUCCAAGAUGGAGGCAGAGUAUGGCCCAUGUCGUAGAGAAAUUGAGAGCGUUCUGAAAAAUCUUAAGAUCUCCAACGUGUUAAACCCGCGAUUUUUCCGCAUUCCAAACUGUGACAGGAAAGGCUUCUACAAGAAAAAACAGUGCCGUCCCUCGAAAGGCCGCAGAAGAGGCUACUGCUGGUGUGUGGAUAAGUACGGGCAGCCUUUGCCUGGCUACGAGAGCAAGGAGCAGGGCCAGGUCCACUGCUACAGCAUGGAGAAGAAAUGAAACACGUGGGAGGGUGGAGGAAUGGGAUUGGGAUCUCCUCUGAACGAAUCCACAGCGAAGUGGGGGGGAGGUUUUUUUUUUUUGUUUUGUUUUUUUAAAGGUGCCGGGCUAUCUCUGAGCGCCCCACCGACCAGCUGGAGCGCGGACUGGUCAUCCGGGUCACUUUCACACACGGCCAGAGUGGAGAGAAGGCGUCCGGGGGUGGGCAGAAGGUCUGCACUGUUUCCUCUCAGCAUCACACCCCAUGAGAGCAUCACAAAGAGACUAACAAAAGACGUUGCAUUUUUAAAGUACCCUUUAACCUUUGCGAACGCAGGAGCGUAGAUGAAGGAGUUUUUGGUCGUGCCAUAUAUGCGUUCAAGUCAGAGUACGGUGCUGAGCUGUUCUUAUGUUGCUGUCGUGACUAACAACGUCUCUGUCAUAGCCUCCCCCCUCCACCCCCCCCACCCCCAGGCUCCACCUUUGUAAGGUAGGACCUCUGGAAAUAGGCCACGCCCAGCGGUGUCUUGGGCCACUCCAGCCAUUGGCUCCACCUGAAGCACAAGCACUUGAUGCACUUUGACCCCUCGCUGAACGACCCCCAUUGAUUGCAGUGUCAGUGCCUCACCAGAGUAACACUUAAGCUUAAGAGCAUUAAAAAUCUCUAUUAUGAAAUUCUACUAAUUGAUGCUAUACCAGGACCUGUUAAAUCACAUUGAAUGGCCUUUUCAAAAAGCCAUUUCAAUGCAAUUUUUCUUUUCAUUGAUUUUUAUUUGCUUUUGUUUACUGUGUGUGCUUGUAUGAUCGCUUCUUGACAUGUUAAGCACUUGGGAGAUUUACUAUAUGUCUUUUUGAUGCCUAUUCUUUCUGCUCUUUACAGUUAGCUAGAAGGAGGAUGGAGUAUCUAACUCAUCAAAGCUGUAGCAUACAGUGUGCUUCUCAAUGGAUUCCAAAUGAAUAUACUUCCCAUCCAGAUCUUUGGUGCACUAAUAUGCAUAACAGAGCACUUAAUGGUGUGGCUCCCAAUGCUAACUAUGCUGAUUGUUGUCCUUUGAAGUAUAUUUUGUCAUAUAAGUGCUAUGUCCUUUUGCGAGUUUGAAUGUGACGGAAAUGCAACGUCUUGCGUUACUGCUGCAUAACCGGUGCACUCCGAAGCUCUGUCCCAAUCGCUGGCAAGACUUUUUCUCCCAAGAAUCCACGCCUUAACCCUUUCAGUGCUGAAACGUGAUGACCAGUGAUUAGCGGUGCUCCGUCUAUUCAGAUAUUGCACCCUGACCUACAAGGUUACGGAUCCGCAUGGCGACUGUGUGUGUCGUAAUGCAGGGAGGGCAUGCGAACUCAUUCUGGCUCUGGACCCGUCCAGUCGCUCAGUAGCACAGAAUCGGUCAAAUGUUCGCGCCCCCUCGCCCCCACCGAAUGCUAAGAACAACAACAACAAAAAAAAAACAAAAAAAAAACCACAACCCGAGAGUAACAAC